CCAACGUUCUGCGAGGCGAUGACAGUCAUGGUAUUGAUAGAAAUGUAACCAUGCAAAUACAUUUAACCAAUACAUAACUUUCAAUGAUCAAUAAAGUGAUAUUAGAUAAAGCAGUACAGUACGGUAGGGGUGAUGGCUAGGCUAGUUUGCUUUGGCCGUUGCGAAACUCCCAGUCAGUCAUACAUGGGUACAUUCUCCAUCUCUAGUCCGGGUAGUAAAAGCUAGGCCUAACAUCACACGAUCCAUGGUUCCACGGCCAAAUGGAGAAGAUUCCGAUCACUUCACAGCCGGAUAAUGAGACGCUUCCCCCUGGUUUAAAGGAUUUAGGAUCCCUGGGAGAAAUCACUGUACAUCAACAUUUGGAGGCGGGUGAUAUGUGUUUUCAACGACCCAGUCGGUACAGCGUCUAUGGCCAGGAGGAAGAUUCCAUUCUAUAUGCUCAGGAAGAAAUGGGACUGUAUAAGGUCUUUGUUCCUGUUUAUUUUCAAGUGUCAGAGUGCUACGCUCGCCAAUGUUUAGGGGCCAUGAGGGCAUUUGUCCUGAAGUUUAGUAAUCAAGAUGGCCAGGAUGUGGUCAGAUUACGGCGUCCCCUUCGAUGCCCCUGCGGUGUGUGCUGGUGGUGGUGCUGUUGUGUACAGGAACUCACAAUUGAGAGUCCCCCUGGUCAUGAGAUUGGGGCCAUCAUGGAAGAUCGGUAUUGCUGUCCCUCUUACAAAAUCAUAGACGAGAGUGAAAGCGUGGUCUACCAAGCGAACUUCUCCUGCUGCCUCUGCAAGAUGUGUUCAGAUGUUGUCAUACCUGUGUUCGAUGGAAGAGGUGAACAGAGAGUGGCUGAAAUCAAGAAGAAAACAGAGGGAGAUUGUGGAGACCUGUGUGGCACACACAAUGACUUCACCAUAACUUAUCUCAAGCCUUUAGAAGUAAAAGAAAAGAUUCUUCUGCUGGGUGCCAGUUUUCUAAUGGACUUCAACUUCUUUGAAAAACAGCAACGGUCCUGUUGUUAGACAGCUAUACAGUGAAUAACUGGAAUAUCCAGUAUAGUGUUACACCUGUUGUUACAUACAUAGGAUGCUGAUUUAAUUACCUGCAGUCAGUCCUGUCACAAACAGAUAAAGCCAUCUGGCUUAUGAUCACUUCCGUUUUUGACUGCCAUUGUAUCCAAAAUAAACCAAGCUGUAGUGCUCAUAUUUUUAUAAUAAUUUGUAUUUUUAGUCACAAUUGUAAAAAUUAUUUAUAGUAAUUAAGGCACAAUGCUACAGUGUGUAUUUUGCUUUAUUUUAUUUGAUAGUACAUGUAUUGUAUAUUUAAUUAAAAAUUCUCAGACUGAAUUUCUUUAAACAUUUAUGUACCUACUUCUAUUUUAUUUCUCUACAUUUUGACUGAUCUAUCGAUUUUUUAAUUUUUUGAUGUGAUCCAGUUAUUGUUUAUCCAACAUAAAAAUUAAUUUAGAAAA